UCCGAAAAGGAUCAUUAUCAAAAGAAAGUUCCGACUGUUCACCUGACCAUGGCAGAAGGUUUAAUUUACCGGCAGUACUUCUACAACUAUCACCAAGCGAUGGAUCUCGCAUCGCUUCCGAAUCCGGAAUUUGUUCCAUCAACACUAAACUACAUCGCACCGUACGAAACGCCACAAUACAGCAGCGACACCGAAUGGAUGACGGCCAGUCCAGGAAGCUACAGCUCGUCGAGUCCAGCGUACUGCGAGACAGCGGCACACGAAGAAUACCCCACUCAACCAAUUACCGGCGCGAUCAAACCGCCAACCACAACCCGGGCGCUUUCCAACUCCGCCAAGAUACUGAGCCAGAUCGAGCAACGGUACGAAGAUGACAGCAGUGCGUCGGAUAGUGAUCUGCUGAAUAACAGUGACAUUCCAACGAAGAUCAAAAUCAAACGAGGCACAGUGGUUCCGACGGUGAUCAAACGGAAACGUCGCCUGGCGGCCAAUGCACGCGAACGGAAACGCAUGCGGGGACUAAACGAAGCGUUCGAUCGACUCCGGGAGCAUCUGCCUUCACUGGGCAAUGAUCGCCAGUUCUCGAAACACGAGACGCUGCAGAUGGCACAAAAUUACAUUACGGCACUUUGUGAUUUGCUGGUGUAAUCGAGAGGGGGCGAAGAGUAGUUUCGGCGUCAUUGUAAAUAGUUUGGCCAUAAAAAGUUCAAGUUACUGAUCAUUUUGAGAUUGUUACUUCAACCAAGCCUAGUGAAAUUGCCAGUAUUAUUGAGAGUAGAAGAAAUGGAUGAUAUUAUUAUUAUUAUUGAUAAGGUUAUUUAAUUUAGUUAGUAGGAAAAGCAAUACAGCAAA